AUGGGUGUUAUUCGUCUUCCCCGUCCAGCAGGCAUCUAUGUCCCUCGCACAUCAAUAGAAUCAAUCUCUGCACCCCUUUCUCCCGAAUUCAAUUAUGACUCUGAAGCCGUUCUUCCUUCCUUAAUCCCAGCACUCGAAUACAUCUCCUCGAAGCUCCAACAAAAAAUGAUGCACGUUACCCUCCUCGUCGGUCGCGGGAAACCUCUCCAAACAGAAGUCUCCGACCUAAUGGUCAUUCCAAUCUCACGACUCGAACAAUCCUCCUACCGCGUCCUUGAACGCGCCAUGGAAAAGUGCUCUAAGAAGUUCUGCUCCAUGGCAAACUGGAGCGACGCACUGGGUCGCAGCCAACACGCCCGUCAAACAAACGAGUACCUCGUCCGACAAUCAAUUAUCCAAAACGAAGUCGUCUUCAGCCAAGAAGGUCUCACCCUUCUAAACAUGGAUCGCAUCUACACAUUCAAACGUCGACUUUUCGUGCUCUCUACCGGUCCUAAUCCUCGCCCAGAAGAUCACUCUAUGGUCUCUUGUGUACAGCUUCUGCGCCGGUUGAUGGGCGAUUUCCCAGGCCGAACAUUCAGUAAAGCAUUCUUUCACCGUGUAUACGAGCAGUUGGAUGUUCGUGAUGAACUCCUUACUGCUGUUGCGGCUGCUUAUAAGAAUAUUCAUAAGCAGGAUGCUAUUAUACUGCCUACUAGGGGUACGGCUGAGAGUACAAAGAAUAUUCCUAUCAAGACGAUUCGUGUUCGUCGCAAUCCUCCUCGUACACAUGCGAAGAAGAAUAUUUAUUCUAAGAGAGGACCUAAGACUCCUCUAUCUGCGUCGGAUGUUACUCCUAUCACGCGAAAUGAGUGGAAUAUGUUCAGUCAGGAUUUACGACAGGUUCAGCCUACUGUUACUAAAUGGACUCCAUCGCCGGUUGUCUAUGUCGGAGCGUGA